AUGACAGACCUUGAUAACACACAAAUUAUUCCGGCAGAUGAAAGUCUUUCACAUGACUCCUCAAUAGUUAAUACCGAAGCCUCACUGAAAAUUAUCAGUGGUGCGGAUUCUAAUACCUAUCAAAUAGGAAAAGAAACAAUUAUUGGCAGAUCUAGUCCAUCAGAUUUAGUUAUUUCAGCUCCAUCUCUGUCUAAGCAACACGCAAAAGUGACUUUUAGUAAUGGACAAUACUUCAUUACUGAUCUCGGUAGUAGUAAUAAAACAUUUCAGAACAAAGUUCAACUGCAACCGAAUGUUUGCUAUGCUUUGCACAAUGACGAUGAAAUCAAAUUAGGUGACAUUAUCUGUAUAUUUCAAGAACAAACGCAAACGAGUAAAAAUACAUUGUCUGAACCAACAUAUCAAAGUUAUGUACCUGCUGUGAACACUCUUGUUGAAGAGGAUUCACCAUGGCCAUUGGAUGAUGAUAUACCUUCUCCGAUUGUUACAGAAACAAAUGUUGAUGCUAUUCCAUCUACACAAACAAUAUCCGAUUCGUACGAUGAUCAAGAACCAACACAACCGAUGAAAAUUUGGAAUGGAAACAAUCAUAAUACAAAUCGACUUAGUCGAGCAAGUAUGAAAAGUUCCGAAGAUGUGGUACCGAAACAAAAUGGCAACGCCGAUAUACCAUCAUCAAAUCAAUCUUCAUCAUUAAUUUCAUCAACUGUACCAAACAAUAUUCACGAUGAUGAUAGUUUAGUCAUUGGUGCAGCAACAUUACCGACAGCUGCAUCUCUUCAUAUUGAACCAACACAAAUCAAUAACGAGGAUCAACUGGAGAUUAUCUCAUCAUCGCAAACAAAGAGAGUCGUUGAUGAAGACAUUGGUACAGUUACAGCAGUUGAGACAACGACAACCACAACGUUGGUAGUUGCUGAAGUUGAAAUUGAAAAUACGCAAGCAUAUGAUCUUCAACCAACCGGUGAAGUUAGCACUUCAGGUAAUCCAGUAGCAGAUACUCAACCAUACGAACUUGAAACCGAGCAAAUCGUAACCGAUGUGAUCGAAACGAAACGUGAAGAAGUUCACAAAGUUGUCAUUAGUGGUGAUACAAUGGUUGAAGAAAUUACAACGACUACAAUGAAAACUACGACCACCAUCGAAAAUAAUAACCUACCAACAGAUACAUUAGCUUAUGAACUUCAACCAAAUACGGACGAAGUCACAACUACGAUGACGACGACGACGACAACAACAACAACCGAAACAACGACAGAAACUCUUGUGAAGAAUAAUGAUUUACCAGUUCAAACUUUAGCAUACGAUCUUCAACCAACUGAUCAACAGAUUAAUCUUGAUGCAACUGCACCUGCUGUAUGUACUGAUACACAAGAAUAUAGUCUUGAUGAAGAAAUGAAUAACUCAUCACCAAGACCAGCUUCAGAAACGUUGGAAGUCGUACCUGUAUCACAAUUAGUUGAGGAACUUAAAGAUGCAGAGAAGAAUACGGAUGAUACAAUACCCAAACAACAUGUUGAAGUCACGAUUGAUCCACAUGUAGGUAUAGAAGCUGCAACAGAUGGACAAAUGGAAACAGAUCAACCGGAACAAUCAUCUGUCGAUGAACAACGAAAAGGCGAAGCGGAAAUUUCUGAUGCAGCGACUGUUGAUGCAACACAGCAAAUGGAACCAACCAGCAAAAAACAAGAAGCGGCAGCAUCCGUUGAAUCAACUGCAUCAACGCCAGAAGAAACACCGCUCUCUAUCCCUGAAAGUGAAGAAAAUCAACAAGAAGAUGAAGCAGAAGAAGGUGAAGAAACUUCAAGUUCCACUCCUGCCCAAUGUGGUAUUUCGCGACGAGGAUCUCGCCGCGGUCGAGGUCGACGUAGCGGUUCUAUACGAGGUCGUCCUGCCAGUACACGCACACCGAGCACCCGUCGUAGUGGUAAUUUGCAACAAUCGACUAAUGAUGAGGUCAAUAGUGCGCCACCAGAAGAAUCGGUGGACACCGAAGCUGAAAAAGCUGCUAAAACACCAGACGUGGAACAAAAACCCAACGAACUCAAGUCAAAUACAUCUAUCUCUGAUACGCAACCUGCAGAUGAUUCAGCAUCUAGUCAAACGAAUACUGGCUCAAACAUUCGAGUGUCUGCUCGAAUCAAAGCUCGCGCAUCAAGUGGUCGAAAUCGUCAGUUUCCAUACACUGAUGACUAUGUCGAUUUAGAUGAUCUCGAAAAACAAUCCAAAUCUUCAAGCACACCACAAACACCAGCGCCAACGACAACAGGACGCCGUUCAACUCGAGGUGGACGCAGUUCGUCUGCCCCACAAAAGCGAAUCAGUCUUCGUCAACAACCCAUCGAUGCCUCCGAAAGUCCAGAUGAAAAAUCUGCGAAAACAAAAGAGACUACCGAUGUCUACGAUCAAAUGGAUACCGGUGGUGAAAAUGAAGAACCAGAUCUCUCGACACGGUCAAUCGGACGAAAACGAAAGAGUUUAACACCUGUGACAUCUACUGCUUCAAACACCACGAAACGAACUCGCGGAGCAACACCACAAAGUGCAUCCGUGGCGAAUACACGUCGUAGUCAACCAUCAGACGCUGAUCUGUCAGCAUCUACCAAUACUAUUACUCCAAAACGUGGCCGAAAAUCAACAAAAACAGCAACUUCAACCGAAAAAUCGUCCGAGGAAGCAAGCACUUCUACUGACCGACCUGUUCGAAUAGCUCUCAGUAGCCAUUUAAAUUUCGAUCAAAAUCAUCUGGUGACAUUACGUAAACUAGGUUUCGAGAUCAUGGAUGAAUCAUGUCAUGUUGAUGCACUUGUUGUCGAUCGUAUCAGGCGUACGAAAAAGUUCUUCAUGUGCCUCGCACGUGGUGCACAUAUCUUAUCACCAACAUGGAUUGAAGCGAUGAUUAAAGAAAAUCGUUACAUUCCCUAUGAGAAAUAUUAUCUCGAAGAUACAACUGCUGAAACACGUUAUGGCUUUCAACUACGCGAAAGUGUUCGCUUGGCGAAACAACGUCCAAUCUUUGAAAAUUACAAAUUCUUCUGCUCAAAAGAUACGUCGCCACCCUAUGACGAUCUGAAAGAUAUUGUAGAAGCUGCCGGUGGAAAAUUUAUCGAGAAAAUUAAUAUGACAAAACCAGGAAAAGAUUUAAUUUGUAUUGUUGCACAAGUACAUAAAAACGAAUAUGAAGAUUUAUACAAAAAGGGAGUGCCGAUUGUCAGUGAAGAAUUCGCUCUCAGUGGCAUCUCUAAGCAGAAACUUGAUUUUGAACCAUUUUCUUUAUUUCAAAAUACCGCAUCUUCAGUUAAAACAACUGCAAGUAAAUAG